AAUAUUAUGUUAAACUUUAAUUUAUACUAAAAUAUUAUAUGUUUAAGUGUUCAUAAAAAUUAAUACCACAUGUAGUUUUACAUAAAAUACAAUUCAAUAUAAUACAAUACGACCUAAUACAUGUUCUAAACGAGCCCUUAAAAGAACAUAGAGAUCCUCCAAGUAACUGGAAAAGUUAUCUCUGAACUUCCAAUAAUAUCAAAUUAUCAAUAAAGUGUACUCUCUCUCUCUCUCUUUGGUAGUGGUGAUGAGAGUGAAUUUCCUUUCCUUUCCUUUGGGACUGGUGUCUGUUUGUAGCUACUGUCUUCUUGGGCAUUUGGCUCCUAAUCGAUUUCUUGCAUAAAAAAAGAGUGUAAUCCCGUGACUCAUCAAUUCCUCUCUAUCUCUCUCUCUCUCUCUCUCUCUCUCUCUCUCUAUAUAUAUAUAUAGAUUUAUAUUAGUUAGCUUUGUAACAUGAGAGUAGGGGAGAAAGAGACCAAUUGGUGCUGAGGAGGAAUACCAGAAGGCUGCUGAGCAUAGAGUAGACAGCAAGAGAAAGGGGCAUACACAAAUUUUUGUGGGUUAAUGAGGUUUUAUAUCAAAAGGGAGAAAGCUAAUAUUUUAUGCACAGUAUAUUUUAAUUGGUUGGUGGUCCCAUGAUUCACGUGUAAUAAUUGUAUGGCUUGGCCUUGGCCCAACUUAACUCUUUCAACCAAUCUUAUCUUUAAAGUGUCACCCAUUCCAACAGAUUGGUGUGCUCACACAACAUGUAAACCAAACCAAAAUCCUAAUGGAAAACCCAAACCCAAAGCCUAAACAAGCUAAAGAUAGAAUUUAGAAACCAAAGAAAAAAGAGGACCUUACUCAUUAUUAUUAUUUUUUUUCUUUUUCAAUUCAAUAGUGUAUGUAGUAUUAAAUAUUCAUUAAUUUUAUGUGGUAAGUAACCAAGCAACAAAGCUGGAGCUAAAAAUAGAGAGAAGUAGUUGUUUGGUGUGGUGAGACUGAGAUGGCUUCAUUUACUGCUGCUGCUCCUCUCUCUCCAUUGAGGAAGAUAAAGCUUUCUCUUAUUGAUCAUCAUCAUCAUCAUCAUCAUCAAACUUCUCUUUUUCCUAAUAGAAGAAGAUCCCAUAAGAAGAAUAACCAAGCUAUUUUUCCUGUAAAAGUUGUGAGGUUAUUUGGGCCAGCCAUAUUUGAAGCAUCAAAAUUGAAGGUUCUUUUCUUAGGAGUGGAUGAAAAGAAGCACCCAGGGAAUCUCCCAAGAACUUAUACACUCACACAUAGUGAUAUCACUUCUAAUCUCACCUUAGCCAUAUCCCAGACUAUAAACAAUUCUCAGUUACAGGGAUGGUAUAACAAAUUACAAAGAGAUGAAGUUGUAGCAGAGUGGAAAAAAUUCAAAGGAAAAAUGUCACUUCAUAUUCAUUGUCACAUUAGUGGAGGCCAUUUUUUAUUAGACUUAUUUGCAAGGCUUAGAUUUGUCAUCUUCAGCAAAGAACUUCCUGUGGCUGUGAAGGCUUUUGUUCAUGGAGAUGAAGAUUUGUUAAACAAUUAUCCAGAAUUACAGGAGGCUUUAGUGUGGGUGUAUUUUCACUCCAAUGUUCCUGAGUUCAACAAGGUUGAGUGUUGGGGGCCACUGAAGGAGGCUGUGAAUGGGCCAUGGAAAUUGAAGAAAUUGAAUCCCACAAGUGAUUGGGAGUUACCUCAGAAAUGUGUUGGAGAUUGUAAUUGUUGCUUUCCUCCAAUGAGCUCAAUUCCAUGGUCUGAAUCUGAACAAGUUUCUAAUUGAAUUUUUACCAGAAAUACUAAAAUAAAUUUGAUUUAUUACAUUUAUACUGUACAAUUUGUUUUUCUUUUAUAUUUACUGAUUUCUUCUCUGCCA